GCACAAGCGCGGUGUUGCGUCCGCUCGCGUUUUCUCACGCGCAGUCAAUGGAGUCACUGCGUGUUUCUGGAAAUACAGACAUUUAUGAAUAUUCAUUAAUAGAUCAGUGUGUAAUAAUUAAUUUAAAUGGUUUAUAAUCGGAUUCCAGUCGUUGCUUGAUGUUAGUAAGGUAUUCAUAUGCGUGUUUAACACGGCGUUAAGAUUCACUGCGGCCUGACGAUUAAAUCUCUAAUAUUAAAUUAUUAAACUAUUAUCAUAGUUUAGUAUUCAGUCAGUAAUCAAGUGUGCGGACUCAUGUAAAUAUGGCAGACGAGGGAGCGGUUGUGAUGCAGCAGAUUGUGGACAGGAGUUGUUGGGUGUGUUUUGCCACAGAUGAGGAUGACCGUACGGCGGAGUGGGUGCGUCCGUGCCGCUGCCGUGGUUCAACUAAGUGGGUUCAUCAGUCAUGUCUUCAGCGCUGGGUUGAUGAGAAGCAGAGGGGCAACAGCACCGCACGUGUCGCCUGCCCACAAUGCAAUGCUGAGUACCUCAUCGUGUUCCCUAAGCUUGGGCCGGUGGUUUAUGUUCUGGAUCUGGCAGACAGGUUGAUCUCGAAGGCCUGCCCGUUUGCUGCUGCUGGUAUCAUGGUGGGAUCCAUUUACUGGACGGCCGUCACAUACGGGGCUGUGACAGUCAUGCAGGUGGUGGGUCAUAAGGAAGGUCUGGAUGUGAUGGAACGGGCUGAUCCUCUCUUCUUGUUGAUUGGCCUGCCCACCAUCCCAGUUAUGCUAAUUCUGGGGAAGAUGAUUCGCUGGGAAGAUUAUGUGCUUCGCCUCUGGAGGAAAUACUCCAAUAAGCUUCAGAUCCUCAACAGUAUCUUCCCAGGUAUUGGCUGCCCAGUGCCCAGGAUCCCGGCGGAGGCCAGUCCGCUCGCCGAUCACGUGUCGGCCACGCGGAUUCUGUGCGGAGCCCUCGUGUUCCCCACCAUCGCCACCAUUGUGGGUAAACUGAUGUUCAGCAGCGUCAACUCAAAUCUUCAGAGGACCAUUCUGGGUGGCAUUGCGUUUGUGGCUAUUAAAGGGGCGUUUAAGGUCUAUUUCAAGCAGCAGCAGUAUCUCCGACAGGCUCAUCGCAAGAUCCUCAAUUUCCCUGAGCUGGACGAGGCCUGAGCUUAUCACCGAUUCCAUCCACCGUCGUUCUGAUUUCACACAGCUUUAAGAGACACUACCGCGCCGCCACACUACUGGACAUUUUCACAGACGCUGGAUUUGGUUUUCUUUUCCCUGUGAAUGUGACUAUUCUGUUUGGAGUUAGAACAGAGAUUUAGCUUUAUUUCAGUCAACAUAAUCAGACCUGGGAGUCGUGUGUUACUCAUUUUAUGGGCUUGACAUUUUAAGAAAGAGACUGAGGAAAAAUAAAUAUCGGAAGAACGUUUUAUAUUAAUAAGUGAUUGUUUUAUAUUGAAUUAGAUAUGUUCAGGUGAAUCAUUAUCUUUCAACUGAAUCUUUAAAGUAUCCUUAACAUGCGAAAGACGACGUGCCGUUUCACAUGAAGCACUUUUGCUAAACAUUUCUCCCCAAUUAGCCUUGCGAAUGCAAUAUUAAAUACUAAAGGCAAAUAUAAAUAUCUAAAGCAGUUUGUAAUGAGCUUAUAAAAUAACCUUUGUUAUGUGAUUCACAAAUAAAUUUACUUAUUUCACCCAAAAAUCUAAAGAAAUAAAAUAUAUUUUGCUUAGAUUUUUUUUUUUUGUUUCAAUAUGAAGUAGAUUUAGAAUGUAUCAUAUACUACUAUUACAUAUAUGCUUUACAAAUGUCUUUAUUUGAAAUAUUUCACAAAUCAAAAAAUCCUAACAAUAGGCUUUUUUGAAACAACAUUUUUUUAUGCUAAUUUUGGGGUUAAAUAUGACCCUGACAUCUUUUGUGAAAUUCAUCGUCUUGCCUGCCUUCACAUAAUUCGAUCGGCCAAUUAUCUUUAUUUUCCGUCUUUGUGGUGUUGAUGUCUGAGUUUCAGGGAGUCACUUUUAUAAUUCAGAAAUCAUGUGAUAAUUUGAUUUAGUCUGUUAUGUAGAAACUAAGAAUCCAGUCUGAGUGUUUGGUCCUUGAUCGAUUAUUCUAUUAAAACAUUAUGGUAACCUGAUGCCUCAUAACUGCUGUUAAUAAACCUGUUUCAUAAUAGAUAAAUGGCAUCUUGUAGAACAGUGAAGUUUAAGAGUAAUAGUGGCCUUUUUAUUAUACCACGACAAUACAUGUGUCUUAAAGGUCACAUGGUCCAGAUGCACAAGUGUAUUUGGUGAACAUGCCAAUUUUUUUCUGAAUCAUUGUGUUUGAUGACUUCUGAUUCAUGAUGCGAAUCCGUUUCAUCUCUAGUUAUCAGCAACUAAUUAUUUUGACCAUAAUAUUAAUGAAAUAGGGAGAAAACGGUAUAUAAAUAGUGUAAAGUGCUGUUUUGUAAUGGCAUACUGAGCAACAGUACACUACAGUGUGAAUUUAUGAAAUAUCUUCCAGUGUGCAGUGAGGCAGGUGUUUUAUUUUAAAGAGUUGGUGUAGUUAAAGGUGCAGUAAGCGAUUUCUGAGAAACACUGUUGAUAUUUAAAAUAACCCAAACAAACACGCCCCUCCCUUCAUUGCUCCGCCCCCAAAAUGCAUGAACACGCAAAGAGACAAAGCAACAUAGUGUCGGCCCAGAUCCGGCCCACAUCUGGUCCACGUUUAAUCCACAUGUACACCAGCGCUGGAAAGCUUUUAUUAAGCUAAUAUUAACGCGGAUCCUAAAGCUCUUGCCUGAUCAUAACCCUUCUUUUUCCAGUGAUCUUCCUCUGACCAUCAUGAGUGGACACGCCCCCAACUGCUGAUUGGCUACAAGUGUGUUGUGGUGCUCGGUCCGAUCCACUUUCAACAGCGUUUCUCGGAAAUCGCUUGCUGCACCUUUAACUCUGCUUAACUCCUAAUUAGCUGUUCGAGGUACUAUUUGUCCAUAGAGCUAAAGCACAUCAUUAGCGCUUCUUGAUGAUAGGCAUAAUGGCAUUAAUGUUGACGUAGUUGCUUCAAAUAGUGUUUAUCUAUACCAGCUGCAAGACUAGCAGCAGCAGACCAGUUAUUCUGUUGCCUAUAUAUGAUUUUAAAUUCUCACCUCCUUUUCAGAAUCUAAUUGUGCUGUAUAAUAUCAAUGGGGUGUGUAUAAUGGCUCCUGUUGUACAGAUGAAGCAUAAUGCCAAAUACAGAACAUGUAUGUUGUAUAAAUGGAUGCGUUGUACAGAUAUGGCUUUUGAAUUUAUAGUUUCCGGUUGAUUUAUGUAAAUAAAUGUAUUUUUCCAAUG